CCAACUAUUAAAGUUAAAAUUGAGAGUGCUGGGAGGUAGCGUGCAGAGUCAGAAGGCGCAGGCGGCCGAGUCGGCCUCCCCGACUGCAGCCAGUAUUUACUGAGCACCCUCCUAGUGCUCGGCAGUGAGCUUGAUGCUGUGAGGAAGACAAGAUGAACUGAACCUGAGCUCAGUCCUCAAGGAGCUUGACUGUCCCAGAGGGGAGAGAAGCUCAACGGAAGUAACUCUACACCAGACUUGAACCUUGCCAAUGGACCUCACUGGUUUUGGUUAUGCAGCCCUGGUGACAUUCGGAAGCAUCUGGGGCAUGAGCAGAGAGGUUGUGUUCCAUGAUGCUCGUCUUUUUGUUGGAUUUUUGGCUGGCUAUGGAGCUUACUGUGUCUCUAAUGACAAGCAAGAUGUAGAACUGUCCCUGUUUACAGCUUGCUUCCUGGCCACCAUAAUGGGGGUGAGGUUUAAGAGAUCCAAGAAAAUCAUGUCAGCUGGGCCGGCUGCAGGUUUAAGCCUUCUGAUGACCCUGAGACUUGUCUUACUGCUGCUCUGAGAAUCCACAGGAACUGAAAACUAAAUUUGUGUCAUUUCUGCCCCAAUGGGCAGAGU